GGUAGCGGCUUGGCCCCGCACGGGGCGACCUUUGCGCGGGGCAGGUCCCUGGCACCCCGGAGCUCAGACUCGCGGCAGUCGAGGAGCCAAUUGUCCCGAAGGCCGCGCCGGGGUUGGGGCGCCGCUGCCAUGGACAUCCCGCCGCUAGCUGGCAAGACCGCGGCGAUGUCGCUCGGCGCCCUGCCUGUGUCCUACGCGCUCAACCACGUCUCGGCGCUCUCACAGCCCUUGUGUAUGGUGCUGAUGAGUGUACUGGUACUGGGACUGCUCUUCAUGGCCAUCCACAGCCUGUCUCAUGCGGAGAUCACCUAUGACCCCCUCUAUGCUGUCUUUGCGACCCUCGCCUUCACUUCGGUGGUGGACCUUAUCAUUGCACUCCAAGAAGAUGGCUACGUGAUGGGCUUUACGGAUUUCUACACCAGGGAGGGUGAGCCCUACCUGCGCACAGCACACGGCAUCUUCAUCUGCUACUGGGACGGCACUGUGCACUACCUGCUCUAUCUGGCCAUGGCCGGUGCCAUCCGCAAAAGGAAGAGGUACCGGAACCUUGGGCUCUACUGGCUGGGCUCCUUCGCCAUGAGCCUCCUGGUGUUCCUCCCGGGAAACAUCCUUGGUAAAUACAGUUCGGAGAUCAGACCUGCCUUCUUCCUCACCAUCCUGUACAUGCUGGUCCCAUGCUGGGCUGGUGUGAGAAUCUUCAGCCAGUCCCGUACACCAACCUCCUACACCCCUGACAUGGUCCAGGAGGAGCAGAAAAAAGGCCUCCUACAGCGCCCAGCUGACCUGAUGCUCAUCUUGUACCUCGUUCUUGCUGCAUUCUUCGCUCUCUUCCGGGGCCUGGUGGUACUUGACUGCCCCACAGACGCCUGUUUCAUCUAUACUUACCAAUAUGAGCCAUACCUGCGGGACCCAGUGGCCUACCCAAAGUGGCAGAUGCUGAUGUAUUUGUUCUAUGCUCUGCCUUUCUACUGCCUGGCUACCUAUGCCCUCACCUUCCCUGGCUGCUCCUGGCUGCCGGACUGGGCCUUGGUGUUCGCCGGAGCCAUUGGGCAGGCGCAGUUCUCACACAUGGGUGCCUCCAUGCACCUGCGCACACCCUUCACUUACCGCGUGCCCGAGGACGCCUGGACGGCCUUCUUCCUGAGCAACAUGCUGUUUGCACUGGGUCCGCACCUGCUAGCUUUCCGCUGCCUCUGGAGGCCUGCCUUCUUCUUGCAGGCGCCGCCCUCGGCUUCUGAGAGCCAAGGCAAGAAGCAGCAGUGAGCAUGCGCAGGAAACCCACGACAAGAUGUUCUUGCUAUGUCACUAAAGUCUAGAAGGACCCUAAUGCCCUCCCCUGGAUUUUACCCCCCCAUCCCUUUAAUAAAAGCAUUUUUGAUGUCUAGGA